AUGAGUCCUUCUGCUUCGGUCCAACUGCCCUCUACUCCUUUCAGACAUUGCUUGAUGGGUGUUCCGCUUCCACCGAUUCCUGCUUCACUAAACCAUCACCACAUGAUGAGUCCUGACUCGGUUCAACCUCGUCCAUUCUCUUACACACCACAUCCUUCUCAAAGCACCUCUCCUUGCUAUGAAUACGGCAAUGAGCUCCAUUCUCUUGUCCCCGCCUCUCUUUCUCCUAAUCUUUAUGUUGCCGCAGCUCCUCCUCCGUCAUCUCCUCCUACAUCUUAUCUGCCUUCUACUUCUUCUCUGUCUCGUGACUUUCUCACCCGCGGAGAAUGGCUCAUUCGUCAGGCGGAUGAGACCAACCCGUACCGAGUCAGGACGGAAGAAGACCAAGCUCGGAGUCGCAGCCCUCGCCUUUCCGAUAGAUUUCAAGGACCCCACAACUUGUAUCAAGGCAUGUCACCUGGGUAUCAAUACCAAUAUGGCUCUACCAACCAGCUUUCGCAUCCAGCUACCCACGCACCCAUCACACCACGAUCAUCCGAGCACGGAGGUCAGCAGAUCAGAGGCUAUGGACAAGAAGAAAAUAUUGUUCAGACCACUGAAACAGCUCCCCACGGUCAAGAGAGCCACAAUGAGCUUCGGCAUUCGGAGCAUCUAGCUGUAGUCCCACGGACUUCCAGCUACGUGACCGAUGGGGGUCUUGCAGAUUGUGAAGAAGAAGAAGAGGAGGAAGACCUGCGGUGUGAAUUCGCAGCACCUUGCCGAAUGGAUGCAUCCCCCGAUGGACUACACUUCCGCAAGGUCGUUUCCCACGUGUUCGGCAGGAACAAAGCCGUCACCAAGAUCUUCCCCCCAGAAGUCUGGGUUCACUACUGCCGGAAGCACUACCAACGUGCCCGCUACCGGGCCGAUCAAUGGCCCUUUACCCAAUGUGACUUACUGAUGGAGUCACUUCGCCGCAUGGAAGAGUGGAAUGGGGUUGUGGAUUUCGAGCUGACUCUACGUCGUCGCGAGAGGAUUCGGGUGGCAGAAGCCACGAACGACAAGUCUGGCAGGAAGGAAGUCCCCAAAAGCGAAAACAGGGCAGUCAAGCCCAUUCGCCCAGGCCGCAAGCACCCAACUGCCAUCAUCGCGCCUGCCCCAGAUUGGCUUCGCAACUGCACUGGGGAGCACCUGUCUUUCGAUGCCAUCCGCAACAUCAUUGAGCGGAUCCGCAAAUACAUGACAACCCUUCGGGCACGGGAGAAAGAACAACAAGCUCAGCAGGAGCACCCGUUCAAUAACACGGGCAACACGGAUAAGUCACAAUCCAGCCUCGCCAUGCGGGCUCCGGCCAAGCGCCAGAGUCAGAAGACUCACCCAUACAAGCUGCGUCCGACGCCGAGCAUGGUCCGUUUCCCGGACAUCGAAAUCCUGCCCAAUUUCCAACAAUGGGUCAGGGAUGCAGCGCUUCGCCAGCGCUCCGCCGCUACUCCCGUGGCAGGCAGCGGCAAGGAAGUGAAGAAGAGCAAGUCUGGUUUGGCCUCGCAAACUCAGGCCAGUGCCCAAAAUCCCCGGCACGGGAUCACUCUUCCUUCCCGUCCGCGCCGACCUGCGGGGAGCAACGAGGCUCCCCGCGUCUCCCCGGCCUCGACGGCCGCAGUCAAUCGCGGCCGGCGCGCAGUAAUUGGCCGAGCCGGCACGAAUCGUGGAAAUUCCGCUAGCCAGCAACGGCGUAGCGAUCGAGUCUUCCAGCAAGCACUGGAUAGACUGCCGCGUCGGGGGCGAAAGGCCAAGGAGGAGGGCAAACACGAUGCCCACCCCGGAAACGAUGCCGCCUUUCAGUAG